AGCAGCUUCGUGCAUCAAACCAAAUGGAUAUAUUCUCCCUCAGGGACGGAAUGGACCACGCCGGGAAGUGGUGGCUGCUGGUACAACUAACGCUCGCCUUCGCUCCCCAUGAAGCACAGUCAACAACCUUCAGAAUCACCACUCCUUACUCACUCUACAUCUGCCCUGAAGGUCAAAGUGUCACCUUGACUUGUAAGGUCAGCGGGUCUCUUGCUGACAGGCACGAUACUAUUUACAGAUUGUGGUACUUCAAUAACAAGGAUGACAAGCACUGUUCUCAGAAGAAGCAUGUUCGCGAUGUCACAGUUAAGGACUCGCAUCAUGAAUUAGGGACUCACCAUGGACUACCUAAUAGUAACAACACUACCAAGAAAUACUCCCAUGGGCAACGAACAAACCAUCACGGGCAAACCUCCUCAAGUCACCAUGGGGCAUUCCAUAUUACUAUGGCAAAUCUUACUCUACAGGACAGUGGGUUGUACUGCUGCUAUGUGGUAGAGGCAAAGAAGGAGCACAACAAGCCACAUGCCCAGCAACAGGCUCACGGCUUCAUGGAACUCCGUGUACAGAAAGCAAAUGGUACAUUGGCAAACUGUACACUCCAUCCUGCUUCCAGCACAGAGAGUGAAAAUGUCACAGCAGCUGCAAUUGCAACAGGAGCCUGCAUUGUGGGCCUUCUCUGCCUGCCCCUCAUCCUGUUCCUUAUUUACAGGCAGAGGCAAGCCAUCACUCACAGGCGUGCGCACGAGCUAGUUAGAAUGGAAAGCAAUGCCCAUGGCAUCGAGAACCCUGUCUUUGAUGCUGUCCCUGCUGUUAAUUCAGAAUCGAAGCCCAGGCCACAGUUAACAUACAUGGCUAGCCGCCAGCCAUCGGAGUCAGGUCGGCACCUUCUCUCAGAAUCAAACACUCCACUCUCGCCCCCAGUCCCAGGAGACUGUUUUUUCCCAUCACUGGAGCCUGUUCCUGAUUCACCAAACUUGAUAAAUGUCUAAUAAAGUUUCCCAGGAGGACUGUCUUUCGCUGAAUCUUUGUCAGCAACAUGGACAAGGUUUUGCUUGCUGCUUUCAAAAAAAAAAGAAAAGAAAGGAAAAUGGAAAGAAAAAGAAAGAAAAUAAAAAGAAAAGAAAAAGGGGAAAGAGAAAAAUGCUUUGUAAAGACUAUUUCUAAAUGGCAUGCUCUUUUUGAGGCACUUGAUGCUUGUCCUAACAUUUCAAUAUACUGUGCUCCUUACUUUUCCUCUAAAAGAUCUAAACGCGAAAAAUAGGUUCUGGAAGACACUGAGGUUCUGAAGCCUUAUAGGAAGAAUUAUGCUGGCUUUUUCUUUUACUUUACAGAGCUGUUGAUAGUUUUAUGAACAAUUAUUGAAACAUGUUUCUUAAGUGGUGUAUGGUUUCAUUACACCAGUACUGUGUGAAGGACUGGAGGAGAGAGAAGAUUUCUUAAUUGUAACCAGAGAGGAAAGGGAUGGUGAUGUCACCACCAAAAGCCUUAAGACUGAACAGGGAUCUAACAAUUAUCUCCCUGCAGUCUGAAUGCCUUGUCCCUUUAAAAUAUGGGAUGGGUAAAAAAAAAAAAAUCUUUACAGGUUUCUUUCAGAAAAAGUGUUUUAGGUGUACAGUGCCUUUCUUUAUAUAGAUGAAAUUGUAUAUGUUAUUUUAAAGUUUGUACCUUUGCAGUGCUUUAGCAUAGCAACUGCUUGUAUCCUGGCUUCAAAACAUCAUACAAAACAUGAAAAAGUCCUAAUCAUUUUUCUUUCUUUCUUUCUUUCUUUCUUUCUUUCUUUCUUUCUUAGAAUAUUCUAAUGAUUUUAGGAAGGCUGGCUCUGAACCAAAUUCUGUGAGUCAGUCUUUUGAUUUUUCUGUUACUGCUUGCUAAGUGGGUCGUAUACAAUUAUAACUAUGAGCAGAGUGAUGUAGCAAAUGGUCUGUGAAUUAUAAGCAUGCUAGGGCAUCAAAAUUGGGAUUUAAUGUUCCAUCUAUCUAUCUAAAACAGUAGAACUAUUUAUAGAAUGAUUCAGGCCUAUUUUAGAGAUGGAUCUAAGUUGUGGCUUUCCGACUUUUAAACUGCUCUGACUAUAGUGAUAGUUCUGCCUUAUAAACUGAAUUGAAUAUA